CGCACAGAGCCCCGCCCCGCAGUGGCGGAACCCGAGACAUCCCUUGUGUUCCGAGGCACGCUUUCCCGAUGGCCAGCUACAAAGAGGUGAGCGUGUCCGGCUACGAGGAGUUCAUGCAGGUGGUGGAGCAGCACAGUGACAAGACCAUUUUCGCCUACUUUUCUGGUUCUAAGGACGCCGAAGGGAAAAGCUGGUGCCCCGACUGCGUGCAGGCUGAACCAGUCGUACGAGAGGGGCUGAAGCAUGUUGGUGAAGGAUGUGUGUUCAUCUACUGCCAAGUAGGAGAAAAACCUUAUUGGAAAGAUCCAAAUAAUGACUUCAGGAAAAACCUGAAAUUAACCGCAGUGCCUACACUACUUAAGUAUGGAACACCUCAAAAACUGGUAGAAUCUGAGUGUCUUCAGGCCAACCUUGUGGAGAUGUUGUUUUCUGAAGAUUAAGAUUUGCUGAUGGCAAAUUGUGUCUAUUUCCUGAUUUGCUCUACUAUAAAAGAAACUGUAUGCCUGCUUUGAAUUCAUGUUAACAAUAAGUAAAUUAAUAAAGGAUGAUGUAAAAGAAA